AAGAGAAAUAUGAUGCUCUCAGUGCAGUUUGUUCUACUGUUCGUAUUUCGAUUAGCGCUGGCUGAUUGGGAUGCGUAUACAGCUAAAAUAUUCGAAAUGCAUAAUGAUUAUCGUCAAAAAUUACUUUCGUGUAAAGUAAACGGACAACCAGCAGCUGUGAGAAUGCCUAAACUUUCAUGGAAUCGAGAACUGGCUAGUCAAGCAAAAGCAUUAUCCAAAACCUGUAAAUUUGGAUUCGAUAAGCCUACAAGUAGAAAAUUUCCUGAAGUUGGACAGAAUAUCGCUGCUUAUCAAACUGUUGAACAAGCUAUGGAGGAAUGGUUCGGUGAACACAAAUAUUACGACUUUAAAAACAAUCAGUGCAAUGACAGAUGUGGAAACUACAUGCAGAUGGCUUUCGCCAACACCACAGAUAUUGGAUGUGGAGUGACCGAAUGCCCAUACAGUGAAAACUUUAAAUACGGUUUAUUCAUCGUCUGUAACUAUGGCCCAGGAGCAAACUUUUAUGUGAGACCAUAUGAAGCCAAAAAUAUCAAUCAAGUAUGCCCAGUGACAACUGUUCAACCAGGACGUGGAAAAUGGCAAGCUACUAAAGGCACUAUGAAUUUCAAUGCAAGAAAUUGUUACUGUUAUAAAUGAAC